AGACGUUGUGUAGUAAGGCAUUAGCUAACAAAUGUAUACAAGUGAAAGAAAGAUUUCUAAUAAAAUUCGCAGAGGCGAAAAAUGUAGGAAGGAAGCAAUACAGUAUGAAAACUUAGGUCUCAGUAUUACAAAAGUAGCUGGACUUGCGAAUGUUCCUUCAGCGACUUCGUUUUCAAGUUCAAACUCAAAGUACACCGCAGCUCAAGACAGAAAGCAGGCUUCAGUUCGGCAAAAGGUUAUUAAUACUAAAAAAAAUUAUAUGGUUACUUCAACCUCAAUUUUACAAGAAGUAAAAAGCAGGCCAAAAUCAGCCAUUAAUACUUUUUACGGUGAUAAAAAAAACUGUGAAAGUUCAUAUAGUAAUCGUUCAGUUGUUCAGUCAACAGAACAGUCCAUAGUGCCUGUAGAACAACGUACUACUUUGCAGAAGAGGUUAGACCAGAAGCCAACAUCAGUGAGUAUUACUAAUAAAAAAUCACCAGUGUUAACUGGUCUUCCUCCAUUAUCUUUUGACUUUAUAUCAACUGUCGGCAACAUUAAUGAUGAUAAUGCAUUCUUGAAUAAUAAUUCAUCCUCAAAUGAAGGCUUGAAGUUGAAAAGUAAGUACUGUUCUCAUGAUCCAAAAGAUCCGACUUUGUGUGAAUCUAGUGUUAGGUGUCAUGUAGAUAUUGACAAUGAUUCUGUUGACAAAGUUUUAACACGUUAUAGGCCUCGUUCUGAAACAGGGAUUAAAUCGUUGCCAUGGUUUCAAGGUCAGCUGAAUUCAGAUAUACAUAAUUUUGGAAAGAAAAGUCCUUACACUUCGAAAACUGCGAGUUCCAAAUCAAAGUUGAUUGUGCAGAGGAAUCUACAGGGGGAAUUAGUGAUCAAGAGAACACCAGAGGAACAUCAAGCAAACCCAGAAAAACUUGUUCUUGUCAAUAUAGGGUUGAAAGAAUGCCCUAUUUUAGAAGAUGAAAACCAACUUCAGUUAUUAAAUUAUCAACAUAACAAAAUACAGUACAUUACUAAUUUAGCUGCUAUGAGAAAUCUUGUAUUUUUGGAACUUUCAGAUAAUUGUAUUGAAUGUAUUAGUGGCCUACAAAAUGUGGUUAGUCUUAGGGUUUUGCUGUUAAGCAGGAAUAAAAUUAGAAACAUAGAGGGUCUAGACAAUCUUACAAAUUUGGAUGUGCUUGACCUAAGUGGUAAUAAAAUAUCUGAAAUUGCAAAUCUUAGCCAUCUUGAGAACUUGCGUAUAUUAAACUUGUCAGAAAAUAAUCUUGCAGAAAUGAAACAGCUGCAGGGAUUAAAAAAGUUAGUGGAAUUGAACCUAAGUAAUAAUAGUAUCAGUUUAGUGCAAGAAGUCAAUGAACUUCAAAGUCUUCAGAGACUUUUUCUUUCUCAUAAUCAGUUAGAAAAUUGUAAACAAAUUGAUUGUUUGAGGGAAAUAACCACACUAAAUGAACUUGCUUUCGAUGGUUGCCCUCUUACAAAAAUUCCUAAUUAUCGUUCAUUGAUUUUGGGUCGUUUAAUGUAUUUAAAUUUUCUUGAUUUCAAACGUAUCACGGAUGAGGAAAAAAGGGUAGCUAUAGCUCUUGUGAGAAGAGAAGAAUUUAAAGCUCAAGAGACUCUUAGACUUGCCAAAAUAAAAGAAGCUAGAGAGCAAGCAAUAAAGAAUGCACAGCAACAGUGGGAAACAGCACUGAAGCAAGGUAAAAAAACCCAGUUAUUAAUAACAGAACAAAAAUCUGGAUUUGUUGACCUCUCUAGUCCUAAGUAUUUUAAUAAUGCACAGAAAACUCAAAUGUAUGACUCUGACCAGGACGAGGAUGAUGAUGAUGUGGCAACACAUUUUUUGCACAACCCUAAUAAGUACACUGAAACCUAUAACAAAAGAAGGCAGAAGAAACUUAAUGAAACCUUUGUUUCUCAGAAAAAAACAAAAUUAUGGAAAAGGACCUUGCAUAGAUCAACAUUACAGAAAAAAUGUUUGAGUAAAAGCAACAAAUGUUCAUUAAAUGUAUCAGAAAUAGAAAACUUUCAACCAGCUCAUUUAGUAGAACUGAUUGAAGGAAAGCUAUUAAUUUAUGGUAUUGGAGGAGUAAAAGCAGCACUGCAUCAUUCAUGGAAUUCUGAUUCCGUUUCAAAUAUUACUACAUUGGGGUUAAAUUAUAUAUUUUUUGAAGAUAUUGCAUCAGUCUUAACAAAAUUUGCACCUUUGUUUCCCUAUGUCACUUGUUUGAUUUUUUACUGUGCUAACAUAACCUGUCUGUCUCAACUGAGUGCUCUAGUACAUGUCUCUAACUUACAAUCACUGGUUAUUUCUCCAGAAGGUAAUUCUGUCACCGAACUUGUUACCUGGAGACUUUAUACUGUUUAUCGACUCGGGCAGUCACUUCGUAUACUUAACAACAUUUUAGUAACUCCUUUGGAAAGGUCAUGUGCCGAAAAAAUGUUUGGUGGACUGUUGUUGGUGAUAUCUUCUUACCUUCCACAAUAUAAACUUUCUAGCCUUUUGGCUGAUCCACAAGUAAAAGAAGCUCUUAUCAAGGAAAAGGGCUACUCACCUAAUAUUUUGCAAAAACAUCCUGAGAAUCCAGUUUUAUCAGAUGCACUUCUGAAAACUGCACUGUGUUAUAGGCCACAUAAUAAUGAAAUUGCAAACAAAUCAAGUGCAAAAGAAAAUCUUGUUCAAGCUAGUCUAACAGCUGUGAAAGAAACAUUGAGAAAACGUGCAAUUUUAAAAAACCUAUGGCCCUCCAUGUUUCACACUUUGAUAGCUGAUUCAUUACUGGAGUUUAAAGACCUGAAUUCACACAUGAAGAAGUCAUUGAGAGCCAUUAAUGAAAAACAGAAGUUCUCUGGACCAAAGAAGGAGUAAGCCAUGAUGUUUGGAAGAUUUUUAUUGUAAAAAAUGCAUGAAAUAUCCAAUAAAUCAAGAAAAAAUGUAGGAAGGAAAAUAACAUAUAACUGUAACACGUACAACCACUUUGUUUGUGAAAAUAACCCCUAUUUUUCUUGAGAAUCAGUAUUUAGUUUUUACUUAUAAUGUAAUAAUUUCAUCUACAGUAUUUAAAGGUUAUGAAAUUGAAAAACCAAGGAAUGGAAGUGCAGUAAUUAAGUUUGUUUUAAAAAGCUGAAGAAGGAAUCGUGAAGUAACUUUCUGUUUGAAUUGUAUGCUAUACAUGUCUUUCAUUAGCAAGUCCUGAUUUUGGUUGAGUUUUAAUCUUUGUGAACAGUAAUUUUAUCGUUUGGGAAGUGGCCUUAUUCUUGUUUUGUUAUAUAAGUGAGAAUGCUACUUUAACUAGUUUACAUGUUACAUUUUUGAAAUAGAUAUACACAGGGCCUCUGAAAGGGAUUUUAUCAGGGGGUACAAAGUUUCUUUCGGGCCCCCUUCCCUUCUCCAUUAAUCAUCCUGUUUUUAUCCACUACAGUUUUAUGCCAUGAGCUGUAAGGCCAAAAAGGGUAUGCAAGAUGAGAGAGGGGGUGGAAUGGAGUGCUCUGUUGAUUUUCUGCAUUAGAGGCCUUAUGCUCCUAUACUCCCUCCAUGAUAAAUAUAAAUAAAAUAAAAGAGGAUCAGAGAGAAGAAAGCACAUUUGAACAUCUUUGUUUAUUCUACAAUACAGAUAAGGAGAAAGAAUUCACAUUGAAACAUCCUUUUAUGUUGCAAUGCAGAUCAGAAGACAUAAUUUUUAGUAAAACAGUAGAAAAAAAGGUAGAUAGUCUUAGUAUUUACUUUACAAAAACAGCUUUCCUGGCCUUUUUUUUUUGUGAAAAAUGUUGAAUCACAGCAUGAAAAUUAAUUGUUCUGGCAAUGUUUGAUUCAAUACUUAGCUUGGCCAAAUCCACAAGAUGUUCGUGAGAUAUUGUAGACCUUAAAUAAUUCUUAAUCAGCUUGAGUUUGCUAAAUGACCCCUCUGCAGAAGCUACUGUUGCUGGAAUUGUUAAUAGUAUUCUUAAGCUAACACAAACAUUUGGAAACAGGUCACCAAGUCUGUACUCUGUUAACACGUUCAGCAGAUCUAAUGGCUUUAACUGUACAUUUCCAAAAUUUGCUUUAUGUACUUGAGGGUAAAUGUUGCAUUUCUUUUCCAAAAUCAUCACCGUUAAAGUCAGCAGGAUAUUGCUCUGAUAAAGAUAAAGCAAUUCUCUCCACAUCACUUUCAGACAUGGUGAGAUAUUUCCACAAGAAAUCAAAUUUUUCAGCCAACUGCUUAACAGCAUUGAAGCAGACAGUUAAUCCUGCUAUAACAUUGUCUACCAAAAUGUAAAACACACUUUCUGAAGUAGGCCUCUUCUGGUGUAUCAUCUGUGUCAUUCAUUUCCUCCAAGUUAGCAUCAGGUGUGCUGUCAUCAUGUGACCUUGCCCUCUUGCACCUAACUCCACCACAUCUAUGGGAGAGUUUUAUUUCUAUCUUUAGGUUUGACGCAACCAAUUUGGCUUCAUUUCACAUGCAUUUCUAGUUGUUUCGAGUUUUGUCAGAUCUGUGAGGAGAGUUUCUAUGUUCGUUACUUCAACAUCCGGUGUGGCAUCUCUGGCUUGGAUGACCUUGUUGUAAUUAUCUAUAGCACUAAUAUUUUGUACCACACAGGUGACAUUAACACACAGGCAAAAGAUGUCACAUAUAAUAAAACUCCAUCGACUUCAUUUCUUGUUUUGGCUGUCAAAUUUAGUUCUAGGAGGUCUUCCAGUGCUAAUUUAAUGCCAGGCAAGUGAGCUGCAAAAGGCUUUACACAUUCAACACGAUCUGACCAUCUUGUUUUAGACAUACCAUGAAGAGAACAACCAAUAUGGUUUUGUAGUAAUUCCCACCUCUUAGGACUGGAACUGAACAAGUGGUACACAGUUUGAAUUGUUCCGAAAAAGGUUAUUGCUUCAGGUGUGCAUUCAGCAGCAUCAUUUCCACAUAAAAAUUUCCACACAUAAAUUUUCACAAAAAUUGCUGUUGAACAUUGUUCUUGUAUUUUUGCUUGUGUGCCGUUAUAUUUUCCAGCCAUAUUUGCCACAUUAUCAUAGGCUUGAGCUCUACAAUCACUGAGAGGAAUAGCAUGUUCUUUCAAUGUAUCAGUUAUCAAUUGAGCAAUUUGUUCCCCUCUUU